AUGCCGCCCCCAUCUCAAUGCCCCUCACCUCAAUGCCCCCCAACCUCAUUGCCCCUCAUCUCAAUGCCCCCCCCACCUCAAUGCCCCCACCUCAUUGCCCCCAACCUCAAUGCCCCCCACCUCAAUGCCCCCACCUCAAUGCCCCCCACCUCAAUGCCCCCAACCUCAAUGCCCCCUCCACUUCAAUGCCCCCACCUCAAUACCCCCACUUCAAUGCCCCCACCUCAAUACCCCCCACUUCAAUACCCCCCACCUCAAUGCUCCCCCUACCUCAAUGCCCCUCACCUCAAUGCCCCCAUCUCAAUGCCCCUCACCUCAAUGCCCCCCUACCUCAAUGCCCCCCACCUCAAUGCCGCCCACCUCAAUGCCCCCCACCUCAAUGCCCCCCACCUCAAUGCCGCCCCACCUCAAUGCCCCCCACCUCAAUGCCCCCCACCUCAAUGCCCCCCACCUCAAUACCCCCACCUCAAUGCCCCCCACCUAAAUUCCCCCAACAUCAAUGCCCCCCACCUCAAUACCCCCCACCUCAAUGCCCCCCACCGCAAUGCCCCCCACAUCAAUGCCCCCCACCUCAAUACCCCCCCACCUCAAUGCCCCCACCUCAAUGCCCCCCCCACCUCAAUGCCCCCACCUCAAUGCCCCCCCCACCUCAAUGCUCCCCCACCUCAAUGCCCCCACCUCAAUGCCCCCCACCUCAAUGCCCCCCACAUCAAUGCCCCCACCUCAAUACCCCCCCACCUCAAUGCCCCCAACCUCAAUGCCCCCCACCUCAAUGCCCCCCACCUCAAUGCUCCCCCAACCUCAAUGCCCCCACCUCAAUGCCCCCCCCACCUCAAUGCUCCCCCACCUCAAUGCCCCCACCUCAAUGCCCCCACCUCAAUGCCCCCAUCCACCUCAAUGCUCCCCCACCUCAAUGCCCCCACCUCAAUGCCCCCACCUCAAUCCCCCCAACCUCAAUGCCCCCCCACCUCAAUGCCCCCCACAUCAAUGCCCCCCACAUCAAUGCCCCCACAUCAAUACCCCCCACCUCAAUGCCCCCAACCUCAAUGCCCCCACCUCAAUGCCCCCCCACCUCAAUGCUCCCCCCACCUCAAUGCCCCCCACCUCAAUGCCCCCCACCUCAAUGCCGCCCACCUCAAUGCCCCCCACCUCAAUGCCCCCCCCACCUCAAUGCCCCCAACCUCAAUGCCCCCCCCACCUCAAUGCCCCCCCCACCUCAAUGCUCCCCCCACCUCAAUGCCCCCACCUCAAUGCCCCCCACCUCAAUGCCCCCCCCCACCUCAAUGCUCCCCCCACCUCAAUGCCCCCCACCUCAAGUCUUGA